GAUUACGCUGGCCACCCGCCCCUGGCCCUGCGGCUUCGACCACUGGCCGGCGAGGUCCUGGAGAGGCCGGCGGAGAGGAGGGGCUCGUUGGUUUCACAGUGACGCGCUGAGCACCCGCAGGGUGCCACACGCCAUGCUCCCUGUCCCCACCUGCUGGGCGCCUUCCCAGGCUGUCACAUAGCUCACGAGAGUUGUGGUUCUCAACUCCGAUAGAAGUGGAAUUACUGGUCAAAGGGCAUUCAGAUUUGGGAGAAGUGGCCCCAGAAAUAAAAGCGUCAGAGAGACGAACAGCUGUGGCCAUUGCAGAUUUGGAAUGGAGAGAAAUGGAAGGAGAUGAUUGUGAUUUCCGUUAUGGAGAUGGUACAAAUGAGGCUCAGGACAAUGACUUUCCAACAGUGGAGAGAAGCAGGCUUCAAGAAAUGCUGUCACUUUUGGGCCUAGAGACAUACCAGGUCCAGAAACUCAGCCUCCAGGACUCUCUGCAGAUAAGUUUUGACAGCAUGAAGAACUGGGCUCCUCAGGUUCCCAAAGACUUGCCCUGGAAUUUCCUUAGGAAGCUGCAGGCCCUCAAUGCGGAAGCCAGGAACACCACCAUGGUGCUGGAUGUGCUUCCAGAUGCCAGGCCUGUGGAGAAGGAGAGCCAGAUGGAAGAGGAAAUCAUCUACUGGGACCCCGCUGAUGACAUCACCGCUGACAUUUAUUCUUUUUCUGAGCUGCCCACUCCCGACACACCAGUGAACCCCUUAGACCUUCUCUGUGCUCUUCUGCUCUCCUCAGACAGUUUCCUGCAACAAGAAAUAGUGUUGAAAAUGUCCCUCUGCCAGUUUGCACUCCCUCUUGUGUUGCCUGACUCAGAAAACCACUACCACACAUUUCUGCUGUGGGCCAUGCGGGGCAUUAUGCGGACAUGGUGGUCCCAGCCCCCGAGGGGGCUAGGGAGCUUCCGUGAAGACAGUGUGGUCCUGUCCAGAGUACCCACCUUUGCCUUUGUGCGCAUGGAUGUCAGUAGCAAUUCCAAGUCCCAGCUUCUCAAUGCCAUCCUCAGCCCGGGCCACAGGCAAUGGGACUGCUUCUGGCACCGGGACCUCAACUUGGGCACCAAUCCCCGGGAGAUUGCAGAUGGGUUGAUAGAAAUUUCCUGGUUUUUUCCUGGUGGCAGGGAAGACUUGGACAUUUUCCCGGAGCCUGUGGCCUUUCUGAACCUGAGAGGUGACAUUGGGUCUCAUUGGCUGCAGUUUAAACUCUUGACAGAAAUCUCCUCUGCUGUGUUUAUAUUGACCGACAACAUCAGUAAGAAAGAAUACAAACUGCUGUAUUCCAUGAAGGAGUCGACCACAAAAUACUACUUCAUUCUGAGUCCUUACCGUGGGAAACGUAACACCAACCUGAGAUUCUUGAAUAAAUUAAUUCCUGUGCUGAAAAUAGACCAUUCCCACGUCCUUGUGAAAGUCAGCAGCACUGACAGCGAGAGCUUUGUGAAGAGGAUUCGUGCAAUCAUCGGGAACGUGGUGCGGGCCCCCUGCAGGAGGGUGUCUGUAGAGGACAUGGCACAUGCAGCCCGUAAGCUGGGCCUAAAAGUUGAUGAGGACUGUGAGGAGUGUCAGAAGGCAAAAGACCGGAUGGAGAGAAUUACUAGGAAGAUCAAAGACUCAGAUGCCUACAGAAGGGAUGAGCUGAGGCUGCAGGGGGACCCCUGGAGAAAGGCAGCCCAAGUGGAAAAGGAGUUCUGCCAACUACAGUGGGCCACGGAUCCCCCUGAAAAGCACAGGGCUGACCUGAGGCGUCGGCUGCUAGAACUUAGGAUGCAGCAGAAUGGCCAUGACCCCACAUCAGGGGUUCAAGAGUUCAUCUCGGGGAUCAGCAGCCCCUCCCCGGGCGAGAAGCAGUACUUCUUGAGGUGGAUGGAGUGGGGGCUGGCUCGGGUAGCCCAGCCGCGACUGAGACAACCUUCAGAGACUCUGCUCACUCUGAGACCAAAGCAUGGGGGGGCCGCAGACUUGGGUGAGCCUCUCUGGCCCGAGCCCCUGGGGGUGGAGCACUUCCUGCGGGAGAUGGGACAGUUUUAUGAGGCUGAGAGCUGCCUGGUGGAGGCAGGGAGGCUGCCGGCAGGCCAGAGGCGUUUUGCCCACUUCCCAGGCUUGGCCUCGGAGCUGCUGCUGGCAGGGCAGCCCCUGGAACUGAUUGACGGGAGCACCCUGAGCACUCCUGUCCGCUGGGUCACAGGGCUCCUGAAAGAGCUGCAUGUCCGACUGGAGAGACGGUCACGACUAGUGGUUCUGUCAGCCCUUGGGGUGCCAGGCACGGGAAAGUCCACACUCCUCAACACUAUGUUUGGGCUGCGGUUUGCCACAGGGAAGAGCUGUAGUUCUCGAGGGGCCUUUAUGCAGCUCAUCACAGUGGCUGAGGGCUUCAGCCAGGACCUGGGCUGUGACCACAUCCUAGUGAUAGACUCUGGGGGGCUGAUAGGUGGGGCUUUGACCUCGGCUGGGGACAGGUUUGAGCUGGAGGCUUCGCUGGCCACUCUGCUUAUGGGGCUGAGCAACGUCACUGUGGUCAGUUUAGCUGAAACAAGGGACAUUCCGCCAGCUAUUCUGCAUGCAUUUCUGAGGUUGGAAAAAACAGGGCACAUGCCCAACUAUCAGUUUGUAUACCAGAACCUUCAUGAAAUGUCUGCCCCCAACCCCAGGCCGAGAGACAGGAGACAGCUCCUGGAUCCACCUGGCGACCUAAGCAGAGCUGCAGCCCAGAUGGAGAAACAGGGUGAGGGCUUCCGGGCACUGGCAGGGCUGGCCUUCUGCGACCCUGAGAAGCAGCACAUCUGGCACAUCCCCGGCCUGUGGCAUGGGGCACCUCCCAUGGCUGCAGUGAGCUUAGCCUACAGUGAAGCCAUAUUUGAAUUGAAGAGAUGCCUGCUAGAAAACAUCAGGAAUGGCUUGUCCAAUCAAAACAAAAAUAUCCAGCAGCUCAUUGAGCUGGUGAGACGGCUCUGAGUGUGGAGACAAACCAAGUUCAGGUGCAGGAGGCUGCUGUGGGUGGCCUGUCCUGAUGGGGUGUCCAUGUGUGACUGCACCCUGGCACAUAAGAAUGACUGGUGUCCUACCCACAUGAGAAGGAAGACAAGCAAAAGACAGAGGGUUUGGAGUCUCCUACGCAGUGUUAAGAAAGGAAGUAACCUCACAGACCAGUUUAGAGAUGUUAUCGGGAAUAUAAAAGACCCCCGUGGUGGGCGAGACACAAGCAGUCACUUGUUGUCUGUCUUAACCCCUGACAGGGAUGUUGUGAGGUGAGCCCUCUGUACAGCUGCUCUCUGUCACUGGCCCCUGGCGUGGGUAGCUGUUUCCUCAACCAGUGCAGGCCCAGGCAGGCAGGAGAUACCCAGGACGGAGGUGGGGAAAUUGAGGAAACAGAGGUAGGCCUUGUCCCCACCCAAACCUAGGGCCUCUUGGUGGACCAGCAUUCGAGAUGUUUUGGUGACAUGAUCCUGGCCCCUGCAGUAAGUGCCCACAGUGUGCAAGGCACUACCGUGGCACCAUAUUUAUUGAUUGAUUUGUGAAGGCUUCCCUGACUCCUGCCCAGGAAGAGUUCAUCGGUCACUCUGUUGUGCCCCACAGCACUUUGUUUUACCUCUGCCACAUACUUCACAUGGCGCAUUGUAACUCAUGUGUUUACAUGUCUGCCCCCCAGACUGUGCGCUCCUUGAGGGCAGGGACUGUCCAUUAUCCAGCU